AAGUGUCUACGUUUAUGAUAACCCUGUACCAUAGCCCAUCUGACUUCGUUCCAAUAAUGGAGCUAUUUUCAUUUACUUCCUCAACAGCAAUACUGUGUCUGGUGAGCGUGAUCGUUGGUGUGAUUCCGUUAUGGGCGGUGAAGAUGGUGUACACGCUGUGGCUUAGGCCUAAGAGGUUCGAGAAACUUCUGAGAGCACAAGGUCUUCGUGGUGACCCAUACUCCCUACUUUUCACCUCCAACCAAAACCCUGCUCCACAAAACAACCCUCAAUCGCAAUCUUUUAUUGUCUCCGACGAUGUUGCUCCUCGCUUGUCCUUGGGGCCUAACAACACUGUUGCCAAAUACGGUAAGCAUUCGUUUUUUUGGGAAGGCACAACACCAAAGGUCAUCAUCACUGAUCCAAAUCAAAUCAAAGAAGUCUUCAAUAACAUUCAUGAUUUCCAGAAACAAAAGAUAAGUGGCAUUGCCAAGUUCUUGGUCAGUGGUCUGAUAAAUUCCGAGGGUGAUAAGUGGGCUCAACAUAGAAAGAUUAUCAACCCUGGGCGCCAAAAUGUUUCGGUGGAAAGUUUUGGGACCGAGAAACUAACCUGUUGAUGUAACAUGGUACCAGCAUUUUCCCAAAGUUGCCAUGAUGUGAUUAGCGAGUGGAAGGGAAUGUUGUCAUCAGAUGGAAAAUGUGAGAUUGAUGUUUCGCCUUUCAUUCAGAAUUUGACUCGUGAUGUAAUUUCUAGAACGGCUUUCGGAAGCAGCUAUGCAGAAGGAAAACAGAUAUUUCAGUUUCUCAGAAUUCAGGGGCACCUUGUCAUGACUGCAAAGUACUAUAACACACCAAUAUUGCGGCAUUUACCGACACCUACCAAAAUGAAGAUGAGAGCAGUUGAUAAAGAAAUGAAAAAUUCAAUUGGGAAUAUCAUAAAAAAACGAGAGAAAGCCAUGAAGAAGGGUGAAUGCAACAAUAAAGAUUUAUUAGGCAUGCUUUUAGAAUCAAAUCAAAUGGAAAUCCAGGGAAAUGGAAACCGUAAGAGUGUUGGAAUGACUAUUGAAGAAGUAAUUGGUGAGUGCAAGUUAUUCUACCUAGCAGGGCAAGACACGACUUCAUCUUUGCUGGUUUGGACAUUGAUCAUGUUAAGUAGGUAUCCUGAAUGGCAAAAUCGAGCAAGGGAGGAAGUUCUUCAUGUUUUUGGAAAACAAAAUCCAAACAUUGAUGGGUUAAGUCAGCUCAAAACUAUGACCAUGAUUCUGUAUGAAGUUCUGAGGUUAUUCCCUCCCACUGUUUUCCACAAUCGCAGACUCCAGAAGGAUAUGAAACUUGGAAACCUGUCACUACCUGCAGGAGUAAAUGUUUCCUUGCCAAUUUUUUUACUUCACCAGGAUGUUGAUAUAUGGGGUAAUGAUGCAAUGGAGUUCAAACCAGAAAGAUUCUCUGAAGGGGUUGCAAAGGCAACAAAAGGCCAAGUUGUAUUUUACCCAUUUGGAUGGGGUCCUAGAAUUUGCAUUGGCCAAAACUUUGCCUUGUUGGAAGCCAAGGUUGUGUUGUCAUUGUUUCUGCAGAAUUUCUCAUUCGAGCUUUCUCCUGUUUAUGUGCAUGCUCCUGCAGUUAUGCUUAGUUUGCAACCAAAACACGGUGCGCCACUUAUUUUGCAAAACCUAUGAUAAUUGAUCAUAUUCUGAACCAAAAAGGGUAAUGGUUUUAGAUCUACAAAAUUGUCUCACUCGUAUAAGACUAUGCAUAUGUCACCUGGCUUAGUCUAUCACUUUAUUAGAUUCCUUUCUGUAACAACAAUCUCACCAUGUUAGUGUAUGUGAGUAGAAACUAUGUUGUAAUGCAUGUGUUUGAAUUCCGUCUCAUGGUUUAGUCAUGAAGGCUUAUUGAUUGAUGUAUAAUUAAAAGUGUGUUGAAUGUCAGAUUUCAUUGUAUUUACAUGUU